GGGUGCUGGCCCUAUGCCGAAAAGCGACAGUGGGGACGGCUGAGCCCCCAAAAGCAAAAGAACGACAGGCAGCCCCGGAAGACACGCAGCCGCCGCCAUCUUCACAGCCGUGGAGUGCCUGGUGAAAGCAUUUCUCCUCCUUCCGCCUUGAAAAUAAGUACGAGAGUUUGGCCAGAGAACAUCAACCUCCAGCAGAGACACAUCCAGCACUCCUAGCACGAAAAUUAAAAUCGCAGGGAGCGUGGAUCCGUGUUCAGUGCUUCUGUGGUGACUGGGGAUCCCACCCCAGGAUCGACCUGUAGAAGCUUCUGUCCCAAGUUGGCAGCCUCGCUGGGCACUUCCUGGUUCUCAGGUAUUAGAUUUCUGUCCACUGAGGCUCAUGCGUGAACGACCCUUCCAUGUGGGUUGCAAAAGCAAUUUUGAUUCCUACUGAAAACGACUUGCUCGUCGACCACUCAUAGUCAGAGUAACGUAUCAAACAAAACCCUGUAGAAACGCUAGUUGGGGGCUUGCAAUGCUAGGGGGUGAGAGAGUAGGUCUGUCACUCCAUGAGGACCGGAAGAGGACUCACUUUCCCAUAAACUUGACUGGGAGGCUGUGUUGGUUGUGAUUAGCAAUCACCAUUCGAGUAAGAUCGUCUUGGUCACAGGAGAGAACCCGGAACUAGAAGCCAGUCAGUGAAGUGACUGCGAAGUCAUGGCAGCAGCUGAGAAAGAAGAAAUAAGUGUCGAAGAUGAAGAUGUGGAUAAAAAAAUUUUCAAAGACUGCCGCAAGAUUGCCUUUUACAGGCGGCAGAAACAGUGGCUUUCCAAGAAGUCCACCUAUCGGACCUCACUAGACUCUGUCACAACAAGUUCAACAAGUGCCAAGUUCAAGAUCACCAAUGAAGAAACUGAGGUUCCUCUCCUGGCUGAAGUUUAUGGAAUAGAGGGAAAUAUUUUCAGGCUUAAAAUCAAUGAAAAGGCUCCCCUAAAACCUAGGUAUGAAGUUGCUGAUGUCAUCACAAACAAGUUAAACACUAUAAGGCUGACUUCAUGCUCUGAAGAUAUAGGCAGUCUGCUAUUGGCAAAUGGAACAGGAGAUUUGAAAUGUCGUAUCUUGGCAGAUCCAUUCCAGAUAGACUUGGUGUCUGAAGAGGAGGUUGUGAUGAGCAUAAAUUCCCGGGGCCAGUUGUACUUCGAGCAUCUGCAAAUUCCACUCAAGCAAAGCAGACUCACUAAAGAAAAUGAAGCGGAUGCAGCAGUUGGCACCUCUCAGGAAAAUCAAGACGACCUGGGCCUGUGGGAAGAGAAAUUUGGAAAAUUUGUGGAUAUCAAGGCUAAUGGUCCCACCUCCAUUGGUUUGGAUUUCUCCUUGCAUGGAUUUGAGCAUCUGUAUGGAAUCCCACAACAUGCAGAAUCGCACCAACUUAAAAAUACAGGCAAUGAGAGUGCUUACCGUCUCUAUAACCUGGAUGUUUAUGGAUAUAAACUGCAUGACAAGCUGGGUCUUUAUGGAUCAGUGCCUUAUCUUAUGGCCCACAAGCGGGGCAGGACGCUGGGCAUUUUCUGGCUGAAUGCCUCAGAAACAUUAGUGGAGAUCAACACAGAGGAGGCAGUAGAGCCCAUGCCACCCCAGAUGGGCCCAGUGGCUGCUGAACAAAAGGUCAAAAUUCGAACUGAUGUGCACUGGAUGUCAGAGAGUGGAAUCAUUGAUGUUUUUCUGCUGACAGGACCCACACCUACUGAUGUCUUUAAGCAGUACUCCUACCUUACAGGAACACAAGCUAUACCCCCUCUGUUCUCCUUGGGAUACCAUCAGUGUCGCUGGAACUAUGAAGACGAGCAGGAUGUAGCAUCAGUGGAUGCAGGCUUCGAUGAGCAUGACAUUCCUUAUGACGUCAUGUGGCUGGACAUAGAGCACACCAGGGGCAAGAGGUACUUCACCUGGGACAAGAAAAGAUUUCCAAACCCUAAGAGAAUGCAAGAGCUGCUCCGGAGCAAAAAGCGAAAGCUUGUGGUCAUUAGCGACCCCCACAUCAAGAUCGACCCUGACUACUCAGUGUAUGCUGAAGCAAAAGAACAGGGUUUCUUUGUGAGGAAUCAUGAAGGGAGAGACUUUGAGGGGAUAUGCUGGCCUGGUCUCUCCUCCUACUUGGAUUUCACCAAUCCCAAGGUCAGAGAAUGGUAUUCAAGUCUUUUCGCUUUCUCUGCUUAUCAGGGAUCCACUGAUAUCCUGUACAUAUGGAAUGACAUGAAUGAGCCCUCUGUCUUUCGAGGCCCAGAGCUGACCAUGCACAAGAAUGCCAUUCACCAUGGCAACUGGGAGCACAGAGAACUGCACAACAUCUAUGGUUUAUAUCAGCAAAUGGCUACUGCAGAAGGACUGAUACAGCGUUCUAAUGGAAAAGAGAGGCCCUUUGUUCUUACUCGUUCUUUCUUUGCUGGGUCACAAAAAUAUGGUGCUGUGUGGACAGGAGACAACAGAGCUGAAUGGAGCUACCUGAAAAUUACUAUCCCAAUGUUGCUCACCCUGAGCAUUACCGGGAUCUCUUUUUGUGGAGCUGACGUGGGUGGCUUCAUCGGGAAUCCGAGAGCAGAGCUGCUGGUGCGCUGGUACCAGGCUGGGGCCUAUCAGCCCUUCUUCCGAGGCCACGCCACCCAAAACACCAAGCGGCGGGAACCCUGGCUGUUCGGGAAGAAGUACACCCAGCUCAUCCGAGAGGCCAUCAGGGAACGCUACGCCCUCCUGCCCUACUUGUAUUCUCUCUUCUACCACACACAUGUGGCCUCCAAACCCAUCAUGAGGCCACUGUGGGUAGAGUUCCCUGAUGAAUUAGAGACUUUCAGUGUGGAAGAUGAAUACAUGCUGGGAAGUGCUUUGUUGGUUCACCCAGUCACAGAGCCAAAAGCCACCGUGGUUGACGUGCUUCUGCCAGGAUCUACAGAGGUCUGGUACGACUCCAAGACCUUUGUUGUUUGGGAAGGAGCACACACCAUGAAGAUCCCAGUAGCCCUGGACACUAUCCCAGUGUUCCAGCGAGGGGGUAGCGUGGUUCCAGUCAAGACAACCAUUAGGAAAUCCACAGGCUACAUGACCGACUCCCCAUAUGGACUCCGGGUGGCUCUGAGCGCUGAGGGUUCUGCCUCCGGUGAAUUGUAUCUCGAUGAUGGCCACUCAUUCCAGUACCUCCACCAGAAGCAAUUCUUGCACAGGAAGUUCUCAUUCCGUUCAGGCAUUUUGAUCAACAGCUGUGCUGAUGAGAGGGGCCAUUAUCCCAGUAAGUGUGUGGUAGAGCAGAUCCUGAUCCUAGGCCUCAAGAAGCAGCCAUCUUCUGUGACCACCCACUCAUCUGAUAGUAGCGAUCAACCUGUGAAGUUUAUGUAUUGCGCCAAAACGUCCGCCCUGAAGCUGGAGCGGCUGUCGCUGAACAUCAGUGCCGACUGGGAGGUGCACAUUACAUGACAGAGCAGCACCGGCUGAGAGCAGCCUGCGCCUCCCACCUCCUGCCACCCCACACGCAGCGCUGACUUCCCUGCCUCAGAGUGCUUUCAGGAGUCAUCAGUUUGCUGAGGAACAAGAGACUGCAUGCGUUACAGAUGCCCUGUCUUUCUGUGUCCUGAUAAUCACUCUAUACGUGAAAUGCCUCCUCUACAUUUUUUUCGGACAGGACAGAGAGAUACUGAGGAGGGGGAGAUAGAGAGGGAGGUGGAAAGACAGACACUUGCAGACCUGCUUCGCAGCUUGUGAAGCAAACCCCCUGCAGGUGGGGAGCUGGAGGCUUGAACCAGGAUCCAGGAUCCUCGCGCACGUCCUUGCACUUCGUACUAUGUGCGCUUAACCCAAUGCACCACUGCUCUUCCCCCGCCUCACCCCUUUAUUUAUUUAUUUUUUCACAACCCUUGGAAGUUAGUUCCAUUUCAGACUAUCAACAUAUUCUACUGAUUGGAUGUAAAAGUUUAGUCAGGACAUACUUUUCUGGAAUUAUGGAUUUGUAGCUUAAUAUUGAUCAUGUGCCUAAAAAGCCUUUGAGUAAUGGAAUUCCUGUUACAAUAUCAAGCUUUCUACUUUGAAGAUUCCCAGCUGCCAAACCCUGGGAAUGCCUUGCAUAACUCCAGGGCAAGGGAGCUUCUAGACUGAAAUAACUUCUCAGCAACCCCACUGAAAGCAAGGGUAGAUUAACCAAUCACAGAUGAUACAGGACACUAGCAGACCUUCCAGGAGAAAGAGAGGACACACUGGCAUCUGAUACCAGAUCUGCCUGUCUUAUGACCAACCUUGCUAAAGACUGCAGUGCCACAGGGAGGCCAGCCAGAACCCAACAGCUGCUUCUUGACAGUUGUUACCAACAAGACCCUGGUGUUAGAUUCCUCUCCAGUCAGAGGUAGGGAAAGGGAAGCCCUGGCUAUUUGUAUGCAAGGGUCCAGAGAUCUUAAAACCGAAUUCACAUUAAUGGUGUCUUGCUUAUGCACUUACUCCUUUGCUGGAAAUCAAGAGACAAGGGGUCUAGUCUGAGCAUGUCCUUGACCUCCAUAACCUCUCCAGCAUUUGUUGCUACUUUAUUCUCAAAGGAGUGAAGUGCUAUCUCAUUGUUGUUCUUAUUUGCAUUUUUCUAAUAAUCAGUGACUUUGAGCAUUUUUUUCAUAUGUCUGUUGGCCCUUUGAAGCUCUUCUUUGGUGAAUAUUCUGUUCCUAUCCUCUCCCUACUUUUACAUGGGGUCAUUUGUUUUUUUGUUUGUUUUGUUUUGUUGCUGAAUUUGGUGAGCCCUUUAUAUAUUCUGCUUACUAAACUUUUAUCCGGUGUGUGGCAUAAAAAGAUCUCCCAUUCUGGGAGUCAGGCAGUAGCGCGGUGGGUUAAGCGCACAUGGUGCAAAGCUCAAGGAUCGGCUUAUGAAUCCCAGUUCGAGCCCCCAGCUCCUCACCUGCAGGGGAGUCGCUUCACAAGCGGUGAAGCAGGUCUGCAGGUGUCUGUCUUUCUCUCCUCCUCUCUGUCUUCCCCUCAUCUCUCCCUUUUCUCUCUGUCCUAUCCAACAACGGUAACAUCAGUAACAACAACAAUAAUAACUACAACAAUAAAAAGGGCAACAAAAGGAAAUAAAUAUUUUUUGAAAAAAAAGA